CAGUGUCCACUCCAAGUUUCUCCACCUUCUCCUUCUUCUUGUUAUUCUUAUUGUUGUUGUUGUUGUUGUUGUUGUUGUUGUUGUUGUUGUUGUUAUUAUUGUUAUUCUGUUACGAUCGGUUAAGAUGAACAGACAAGGGCAGCGAUCCGGUGCUUCGGCGGUGCACCAACACCGUCACUACUCCGAAAACCUUCUCGAACCUUCCUCCAAUGCCAGCUGGCUUCACUCUCACUCUAACAUUCACUCCUCUUCCAGUUUCAUUCCUCCUCUUCAGGAUUAUAAUUUGUAUGGUGGAGGAGGAAGCAGAAUGUAUAGGAACAGCGUUCAAAGGAGCUUCAGCGGAGGAAGUGAUUAUUACUAUGACGCGGAGGCCUCCGCCCUGCCCAAGAAGAAGUAUGGCGAGGAAGUUUCGCCGGCCGAUUUCAGCCCAGGCCUCUUGGAUAUCCAUUCAUUUGAUACUGAGCUUCUUCCUGAGAUGCCAGCUUCUGAUGUAUCCGAUGCCACCCUGUAUCAGCCUACUCUUGGUAGAGGGUUUGAUGAUGCUGAGCCUUACAUGUUUAGUAAGCAGAGUGGCAGAGGUCGUGCACCUGACAACAACUUAGUGAGUAAUGUUUCUUCUACUGAUAAGGAGAAAUCCAGCUCUGUCGCAAAGAUUAAAGUUGUGGUUCGCAAAAGACCACUUAACAAGAAGGAAAUAGCAAAGAAUGAGGAAGACAUUAUAGAGACAAUAUCGAAUUCUUUAACAGUGCAUGAGACUAAACUUAAGGUCGACCUAACUCAGUAUGUAGAGAAGCAUGAAUUUGUUUUCGAUGCUGUCUUGAACGAGGAGGUUACAAAUGAUGAGGUAUAUCGUGAGACAGUGGAGCCCAUAGUGCCAAUAAUUUUUCAACGAACUAAGGCGACUUGUUUUGCAUAUGGGCAAACAGGAAGUGGGAAAACUUACACAAUGAAGCCACUGCCUCUAAAAGCAUCAAGGGACAUCUUGAGAUUGAUGCAUCAUACGUACAAGAAUCAGGGAUUUCAGUUGUUUGUUAGUUUCUUUGAAAUAUAUGGUGGAAAGCUUUUUGAUCUCCUUAAUGAUCGGAAAAAACUGUGCAUGAGAGAGGAUGGUAAGCAACAAGUUUGCAUUGUUGGCUUGCAAGAGUACCAGGUAUCCGAUGUAGAGAUGAUCAAGGAACUGAUAGACCAAGGAAAUGCCACACGAAGUACUGGCACCACUGGUGCAAACGAGGAAUCUUCAAGGUCACAUGCAAUACUUCAGCUUGCUAUCAAGAGGUCAACUGAUGGCAAUGGGUCGAAGCCUCCUCGUGUUGCUGUUAUUGGCAAGCUCUCCUUCAUUGAUCUUGCUGGAAGUGAACGUGGAGCAGAUACCACAGAUAAUGACAAACAAACAAGAAUAGAAGGUGCUGAGAUCAAUAAAAGCUUACUUGCCCUGAAGGAGUGCAUAAGAGCUCUCGAUAACGAUCAGGGACACAUCCCAUUCAGAGGCAGUAAAUUGACUGAAGUUUUAAGGGAUUCAUUUGUUGGUAAUUCCCGCACUGUUAUGAUAUCAUGCAUAUCACCAAGCUCUGGUUCAUGUGAACAUACUCUCAAUACAUUAAGAUAUGCUGACAGAGUAAAAAGCCUAUCAAAGGGUCACAAUUCUAAGAAGGAUAUUAUAUCUUCAAUCAACCUCAAGGAAUCUACUACAAUUCCUGUAUCUUCUUUUCCUGCAUCUGCCUAUGAGGAUCAUGUGGCUGAUGCAUCGCUGGAAGAUAAUGAUGUGGAUGAAUUCAGCCCUCCCGAAGAGUACUAUGAGGAGGUGAAACCAUCAUUGAAGAAAUAUGGAAAGAUAGAGCCGAUGUAUGGUGUGACAGAAGACAAAUUGAAGAAGCAGAAUAAUCAGAUCAAAUGGAAGGACCUCCCAAAUGUUGAACCUAAAACUGUACAUUCAGAUGAUGAUUUGAAUGCCCUCUUAAAGGAGGAGGAAGAUCUUGUAAACGCCCACCGGAAACAAGUAGAGGAGACCAUGAAUAUUGUUAGAGAGGAAAUGAACCUCUUGGUUGAAGCAGAUCAACCAGGGAAUCAGCUGGAUGAUUAUGUUACAAAGCUAAAUGCCAUUCUAACACAGAAAGCUGCUGGUAUCUUGCAGUUGCAAACCCGUUUAGCACAUUUUCAAAAACGUUUGAAGGAGCAUAAUGUUUUGGUUUCAUCUAAUGGUUACUAAAUCAUAUUUGAGACUCCUUGUGGCGAUUGUUGCUAUGGCUGGAAUGAUGAAUUGUGGGAGAUUUAUGCGGCAUUCGUGCUAGAUUAUUCAUUAUUUUUACCUUAGCUCUUAUCGUGGGGAGUAUAAGCUGGGGUCUCUUUUUUUACUUUUCUUUUCCUUGGCUUCUGAGCAUAUAGAAUUGUAUUGGUUUUAGUGCUGCUAUUCAAGGCACAAUAUCAAUGUAUAAGUCUUUGAUUUGAUGUUUUAUCAAUCAAUGGAGUUUCUUUUAUGGAGUGGUCCUC